AUGCGGUUCAUCGAUCAAUAUGUCAGCAAUAACCAGGGUUUUCAGCUUGACAUCGUCGGUUUCCUCGCUAUCCUUGGAGAAGGUUCCGUCGAGACGAUCGCCCAGGUGGCGACCCUGAGCUACCUCAUAUACGUCCCUCGCCUCAUACCAGCGCCGCAGAUAUUCAUCAGGCCCUCGCGACCAGAGAAGCUGGAGACCACCGCAAAUGCGAAAGUGAUAGGAGUACAUUCUGGUAAUACCGGCGAGGAUAUCCAUCACGUGGCUCAUGCUCUUCAUCGUGGCGACAAGCUGCCCCCGAACACCGUCACCUGUGUCCGCGUGACGGAAAACGACAAGCCGCGUCCAUCCAUCAAGAGGUUUGGUCCAUUGGCGAUGCUUGCCUUUUUAGGAGCUGCAAUGAGUGCUGCUUUGCUCGGGCUGUCUAUAUAUUACGAGGACGGCAUGUCCUUGCUGGCAACCGUACUUCUGUCGACAUUGAGCACGGUGACGGGCAUUGCUAACAAGUGGUCACCGACGCCUAAUGAUCCGAAGCCCGACCCGCAUUCACCACCUGGCGACGUGGUUAUCAAGUAUCCUCAAGGAGCGUUCAUCGUCGUCACGUGUGAAGAACGAACGGCGCGAUAUCUGUAUUUCAAUCCAAGCGAGCGUUGCAUUUAUUCCAUCAGGAGCACGGCGAUUUAUAGAGGACUUUCGUUGAUUUCGACAUUGUUGCUCAUGGGCGGGGUCAUUUCCUUGGCCAAUGCCAGAAUCGAGACACAAACGGCGUUUGCGGGAUCCUACAUGCUCAUCAAUAUCUUUUACUGGGUCGGCGCAGCCUUGCCUCCAGCUCAACACUGGGACCUGAGCAGACUGCAAGUUGAGCAUAUCGAGGUCCACGGUGGUACGCCGCCGCGGACCGCAAAGGUGGACAACUACUCGCCCACAUACACCGAAGCAUUGUGGAAAGCCAUUGCCGUUACGGGCACAAGCAACUGGGUCAAAGAAGCAGGUUGGGCACCGAAGACGCCUGCCUGGGCAGAUUGGCUGAACGAAGCCGAGGAAGCCGCAGUGGGUGAGCCGCUGAAGGCGAGCAGGAAGAUGGUGGAUGGGAAAGAGGUCGAGGUGUGGACAAUCCGCAAUUGGGAUAGUCGGAAUGCAUUGUCGACGCUUCUGCGAACGACGACCGACAAGAUUACAAGCCCGUCGAGGUGGGCUGCGAAAGAGGCUUCCAUCCAGCGAAGCAACCCUCUAUGA